AUGAAGAUGCAAAUCCUCUGUUUCAUCACUCUGUUUGCAUCUUUCUUCCUCUCUCAAGCCACCGCUUACAAAUUCAAUUUCAAGUACUUCGGUAAUGGCUCCGAUCUGUUCUCGUUCCACGGAGACGCAGAGUAUGGCCCCGAACCUGAUGGCAUGAGCCGGUCCGGAGCUCUAGCCUUAACCAGAGACAAAACACCUUUCUCUCAUGGUCGAGCCAUUUUCAUAAAUCCAAUCACUUUCAAACAAAACUCUUCUGCUCUCUACCCUUUUAAAACCUCUUUCACUUUCUCCAUCACUCCUCACCAAACAAACCCUAGCCCUGGUCACGGUCUUGCCUUCUUCGUCGUUCCCACUAACCAAAACAACGCAGGUUCCGGUUUAGGCUACCUCAGUCUCGUGAACCGAACCAGCAACGGUCACCCCAACAACCACCUCUUCGCCGUUGAAUUCGAUGUCUUUCAGGACAAAUCUCUCGGCGACAUCAACGAUAACCAUGUCGGAAUCGACAUAAACUCCGUCGAUUCGGUGGUUUCUGUGAAAUCCGGUUAUUGGACUAUGACUAGAAACGGUUGGUUGUUCAAUGACUUGAAGCUGAGCAGUGGAGACAAGUACAAGGCUUGGAUCGAGUACAACAACAACUAUAAAGUCAUCUCCGUUACGAUCGGUCUCGCGCAUUUGAAGAAGCCGAAUCGGCCAUUGAUCGAAGCUAAAGUCGAUCUCUCCAAGGUUCUUCUCGAGACAAUGUAUACCGGUUUUGCCGGUUCGAUGGGACGUGGUUCUGUGCGUCACGAGAUCUGGGACUGGACUUUCCAGAAUUAA